UAGCUUCUCCAGAGUGGAAACCGGCAGCAAAGAAACAAGCAAGCAAGCAGACAAGCAAGCGGGAUGUGUGUUCAAGGGCGAGGAGACGUGUUCAGAGUGUGCUGCCAGCCUCCUGCGGUUUCUUGAGCUUCCACCGAGGGCACGGCAGCUCCCCGGCAGGACCUCCAGAAAGUCACAGCUGCGGCCGGGCUGGGGACUGAUCACCCACUGCUUGGUUCUCCGGGGAGGUUGGUACCAAGGUCUGGCUCGAGGCACAGAUGAACCCUAUGACCAGCUGCCCCAGUCAGUCCAGAGCAAUGGGGUCAAAUGACUCCCACCGUGUGGAUUCUGAGUUCAGGUACACCCUCUUCCCCAUCUUCUACAGCAUCAUCUUCGUGCUGGGGGUCAUCGCCAACAGCUAUGUGCUGUGGGUUUUUGCCCGCCUGUACCCUUCCAAGAAACUCAGCGAGAUAAAGAUCUUCAUGGUGAACCUCACCAUGGCGGACCUGCUCUUCCUGAUCACUCUGCCCCUGUGGAUUGUCUACUACUACAACCAGGGCAACUGGAUUCUCCCCAAAUUCCUGUGCAACCUUACUGGUUGCUUCUUCUUCAUCAACACCUACUGCUCGGUGGCCUUUUUGGGUGUCAUCACUUACAACCGUUUCCAGGCUGUGACACAGCCCAUCAAGACAGCUCAGGCCACCACACGCAAGCGGGGCAUCUAUUUGUCCCUGGUCAUUUGGAUGGCCAUUGUGUCUGCCGCCUCCUACUUCUUCUUUGACGACUCCACCAAUGUCGUGCCCAACAAGUCGGGUUCAGGCAACGUCACCCGCUGCUUUGAGCAUUAUGAGGAGGGCAGCGUUCCAGUCCUCAUCAUCCACAUCUUCCUCGUGUGCAGUUUCUUCCUUGUCUUCCUCCUCAUCUUCUUCUGCAACCUAGUCAUCAUCCGGAAGCUGCUCACGCAGCCGGCCCAGCUGCAGAGCAACGCGGAAGUCAAGCGCCGGGCGCUGUGGAUGGUGUGCACUGUCUUGGCCGUGUUCAGCAUUUGCUUUGUGCCCCACCAUGUGGUGCAGUUACCCUGGACCCUGGCGGAGCUGGGCUACCGGAACAUCCAGUUUCACCAGGCCAUCAAUGACGCCCAUCAAAUCACCCUCUGCCUCCUGAGCACCAACUGUGUCUUAGACCCCAUCAUCUACUGUUUCCUCACCAAGAAAUUCCGCAAGCACCUCUCUGAGAAGUUCUACAGCCUACGCAGCAGCAGCCGGAAAUGCUCCCGGGCCACCUCGGAGACGGGGACCGAAGUGGUCAUGCCGCUCAAACAGGUCCCUGCCAAUUGCCUCCAAGAUUAG